AUGGAUCUAACCAAGGCAGUGCUCAAGAAAAUAUGCCGAGACAGUGGGCUGUACUCAUCACCAUCUCUCAACGACAAGCUGUAUCUUCACUACAAGGGCAUUCGGCAAAUCCAAAACCUCGAGGAGUACACAGGCUUGCGCGUUCUCUGGCUCGAGGGCAAUGGCCUCUCUAAACUGGAGGGGAUGGAAGCACAGACGCAAAUGAAGACUCUCUACGCCCACGAAAACCUCAUCGAGAAGAUCGAAGGGCUAGACUCGUUCCUGGAGACCCUGGAUGUGCAACACAACCGCAUCAACGACCCGGACGUGGUAGAUAUAGUGUCAGCUAUGCAUGACCUGCGGGUACUGUAUCUCCAAGGAAACCCUGUCGUCAAAAGCAUCCGGCACUAUCGGAAAACAUUGGUCAGCAAAUGUGCCACCCUGAAGUACCUCGACGACAGGCCUGUCUUUGACGACGAGCGCUGCCGAUGUGCGGCGUGGUCAAAAGGCAUGGCUGAAGGCGGGAUAUCGCGGGCACAAGAAGCGGAAAGGGAAGAAAUGGCGAAGAUUAGGGAGUCGAAACGAGCUGCGGAACAGCGUCAAUAUCUAGCUUUCGAACAGAUGAUGCGCGAAGGGCUCGAAGCGAAGAAACAGGCUAAACCCCAGCAUGAAAGCUUAAGUGAAAAUGCGGAGGAGAGCGAGGCUUCAGGUCAGCCCGAGCCACCGGUGGUGAACGACAGUAGUCAAGUCUCAAUUUCUACUGUGCAGGAGGGGCAAGAAUCCCCUUUGUGCGAUACUUCCAACGAGCACUGCGAAGUGGGCAACACCGGAUCAUCUAUUGGUGGAGACGGAACAUCCGGUCAGCAAGAGACCCUACCUCUGCCACCUCUUCCCCCUCCUCAGAACGUAGUGCUAGGGGCAAUCGUGCAGAUGAACCCACGCGGUCAGCAAAAGAGCAUGGUGUCCAACACUAUGGAGGAACGCAACACGCGAGUUCCCCGUCUUGUCAACGAGUUUUCUGGCGAGGACAUCAUCCCGUUCACCGACUGUGAAACUGUGAGAAACGCUCGACAGAGUCGUGCAGCUAGGAUUCUGGCCCCAUCUACCUCAACACAUCGAGCGCCCUCGUCGGAUGCCACCGACUCCCCAGAGGGCUCCGGAAUUCGACGAUCGCCCGGCCUUGACCACGUGGAGCCCCUGGACGACGACGUCUUCGACCUCACGAAGCUUUCGAACGACGUGGACGAAGAAAUUCGUGCAUUUGAAGCAGAAAGCCAACGCCUCAGGGAAGAACGAAUACUGCAGAAUACCCCACCGCCACCUCCAGCCACGGUAAAAAAACAAGAGGUUGUCGAGGUUGGGUGUGACGGAAAUGUGGAAGUGACUUAUCAGGAGCAUGUUGCUGAAUUCUGUCAGGAACAAGCGACGAACUUCGAGGAAUUGGACUAA